CCUUUAAAGCAGCUGCAGCAUCCUGAACGCAGCAGGGUCGCGAGUUUUGAUGUCGCUGAGAUUCCGCCUGGAUUGUGGUUUAACCUUGCUGGUGUGUGGGAGAUUAUUUCACAUCCUAAGAGUGGGUGAUUUUUUCUAACGUGACGCAGGGCAAAGAGAAGCCAUUUACAGUAAUAAACGUUGUAGAACCGAUAUUUGAAUAUUUCAUUAUGUGUAUUUUUCUUUUUCUGAUUUUUACAAUCUAUUAAUUUCUCCAGGGACAUAAUCCAGGCCCCAAGAGGUAAACUGACACUUAUGCGCUGUGUGUGGUAUGUUGGCACGCUCUGAUGGAAAAAGCAUGUUUCCUCUCAUGUCAGAGCCCUAACCCUGAACAGAUCCCAAACAAAUCAGGACUCCUUCUCCUCUACACCUUUACAACAUUAAAACCACGAGCAGACAUUGUCACUUUUAUUUUUGCGGAUAUGGAGACAAAGGGAGUGAUUUAUCCAAACUGUGCCUCUUUAUCCAUCACGACUUGUCAAGUUCUCGUGCCAAAUAUUGGUUUGACAAAUGUGGACAGAGGUGUUUUGGAAAGAGAGUGGUAGGAGGAGAUUUGUCUUACUCCACUGUGCCGUGUCCGGCUUCUAGUCUGGAUCCUGGCCAGAUGGGGAGGGAGUAGUUCCUGGAGAUUUCUUGGAGGGAUUUGUGGGAUAGAGGGGCAGAGGGAGAUUUAAGAAUUGAUAGGUGGUCGAGUUGUGUUUGGCCGGGUGGAUAUGCGCAAGCAAAGUCGAGGAGCUUUAUCCCCCCCCUCAUAUGGGAUUAUUGCCAGCAAUGGACAGAGAGAGGAAGGAGGCACAGCGGCUGGCGUUUCUUGAUUUUCACGGUUAUAAACGCGCAGAGCACCGCACUGGCCUCUUCAAUUGUCACAUUAAGGAACAUUUAAUAGCGCUUAAAAUCUAGGGAAAGUUAGUCGCCCGACUGUCACAGAGACCCCCGCAGUGGUCGGAUCCGAAAAAGAGGCGCAACCAUGACGACCGAGAGCUCCCAGCAACAUUUGGAUCCAUCUAAUCCUCCGCGUUCCAGCCCAGCGGCCGGUGCUCUGAAUGUGAAUCUGCUGAGCGCACAGCCAGUGAUGGAGAGCGCGCACGCUGCAUCAGCUAAAGGGAAAAAGGGAAACUCUGGCUUGAGGCGCCCAGAAAAGCCCCCCUACUCAUAUAUUGCCCUCAUUGUGAUGGCAAUUCAAAGCUCGCCGACCAAGCGGCUUACUUUGAGCGAAAUCUAUCAGUUCUUGCAAGCCCGGUUCCCUUUCUUCAGGGGAUCGUACCAGGGAUGGAAGAACUCCGUCAGACACAACCUGUCUCUGAACGAGUGUUUCAUAAAGCUGCCCAAAGGUCUCGGCAGACCCGGCAAGGGGCACUACUGGACCAUCGACCCGGGAAGUGAGUUUAUGUUCGAGGAGGGCUCCUUUCGUCGCAGACCCCGGGGGUUCCGCAGGAAAUGCCAAGCUUUGAAACCAAUGUACAGGAUGAUGAAUGGAAUCGGGUUUGGUGCGUCUAUGCUGCCACAAAACUUUGAUUUCCAGUCACCUUCAGGCUCAUUAGCAUGUCAUAACAGCUAUAACUUGGACUUGAUGGGUAAUCCAGUGUCGGGUGGCUUCGAUGGGCUAGGAGGGGGGCACCACGUCCCACAAAUGUCAUCAAGCUCCGGGUCUUCGUACAUGGCUGCCUGUCAGGGGGGUUCUAACGCGGACUAUUGCCCGGACAGCAGCAGCAGCCCCCUGCAGUCCUCUCCAGCGAUGGUCGGCGCCCUGGACUGUCAGUCGCCUUAUGCAAAUGCAGCCUCACACUGGAGCUCACCUGGUGUACCUUCAUACAUGAAACAGCAGUCGCUGGCAUCAAGCAGCCCCACUUCUUCUGCUCUGCACACCGGCAUGUCAUCCUACUCUCUGGAUCAGGGCUAUCUGCACCAUAACGCACGAGAUUCUUCUGACAUUUCAGUGGGACUGUCUCGAUAUUCCAGCCACUCAGCUCCGGUGUGUGACAGGAAGGACUUCGUCCUCAACCUCAAUGGAAUCUCCUCCCUUCAUCCCAGCAGCGGAGGAUCUUAUUAUCACCAGCUUCAUCAUCACCAUCACCAGAGUGUCUAUCAGGACGUAAAGCCAUGUGUCAUGUGACAGAAGAAGACGGAAUGGCCUUAACUGUACAGUGGGCGAUACUGUUGAUCUAAAUCAACCCUCAGGUGGAGUUUUUAUUGUAACUAAACUUGUGGUGACGAAGGGGCGAUUUUAUUUUUCUGCAGACUCAGAGUGGAAGCAGAGACAGUUUUCUUCCAUGAACUUUGACCUUUUACACCAUUUAGUAAUGGUUAUGAUAUGGGGACUUGUGGCACUUCACUUUACACACACGGAUAAGCAAUAUCUACAUUUUUACUGCAAAAAUACACAGAACACGUACCAGAUUUAAUCUUUAUUCAUGCACUUAAUGUUGUUUUCCCGAUUUUACUGAAAUUGUUGUUGAUUUCCUGCAACAAGCCAUUAAAAAGAUUUAUUUUUA